AUGGCUGGGAAGAGGAAACGAGGAGCGGAUUCUACUUCGAGAGAGCCUCAAGUCCAAAACACUACUCUUCCUCAGAAAAAGUACUACCGCCAACGGGCACACGCUAACCCGUUCUCCGAUCAUGCGUUGGAGUAUCCCGCUUCGCCGGAUGCCAUGGACUGGAGUCCGCAUUAUCCCGCCUUCGCUGGAACCGGCAAAACUCCCGAGUUCGCAGACGUCGGUUGCGGCUUCGGAGGGUUGUUGAUCGCGCUCGCACCGCUAUAUCCAGAUACAAUCAUGCUAGGUAUGGAGAUCCGGGUACAGGUCUCGCAAUAUGUGCAAGAUCGUAUAGAGGCUCUACGAGCAACGUCCGCGCUGGAAGCUCCUCCGAGCGAGACCGUGUCCACGCCCGGCCCGUAUCAAAACGUCUCCAUCGUCCGCGCCAAUGCGAUGAAGUUUUUCCCCAACUACUUCCCCAAAGCCUCCCUCUCCGCCGUCUUCUUCCUCUUCCCCGACCCGCACUUCAAGGCCCGCAAGCACAAAGCGCGCAUUAUCUCGCCCACGCUCCUCGCCGAGUACGCGUACGCGCUAAAACCGGGCGGGAUCGUGUACACGAUCACGGACGUGAAGGACCUGCACGAUUGGAUGCGCACCCAUCUCGAGGAGUUCCCGCUGUUCGAGCCAGUGAGCGAGGAGGCGCUGCGGGAGGAGGGGCGGGGGCCUAUCCUGGACGCGGUGUAUCGGAGCACAGAGGAGGGUAAGAAAGUGGAGCGAAACAAAGGACAGAAGUGGCUCGCUUGUUUCAGGCGCUUAGAAGUCAAACGCGAGUGA